AAUAGAGAUAGAAACUCUUCUCUUUACAUUACUUCCUAGAAAUUGAUAAAAACUCUGAUAAUGCUUUUAAGAAAAUAAGAAAAAACUUGAACAAUUUCUUUGGCUAGAUUCAAGUGCGCCGUUGGUGAGCAGUUAUCUCAAAGCCGGCUUCGGAGGCCAAGAACCAGAUUCACGAUGUGCCAGCCUUGGAUCUCACCAACGUCAAAGACUCAACUUACACCCCGCCUUGCAAGCCCCGAGUAAACCGAAACCGAAACAAUCACCGCGCGUCGGAUAAAAUCAACGUUCUUUUGUUCACGUCUGGGGAAAUCAUGUGGGUUUGCUUUGCCUCGACGUGGGGCUUGGCCGACAGCGCAAGCCCACGGCACGAGCAGCCGUAGAUAUCCGGUGUGCGCCCUUCAAGUUACAUGUCUUGAACGACCAGCUUGCCAACAGACUGCGCAUCGAGAUUCAUCCGAAAAUAUUAAAUAUCAUUGAAAAGUGGUAGACAUAUCCCGUUGGCGCGCAUCUUGCCUCUGCUCAGUACCCGGUCGCUUUAUCCAUCCAACCUCGUUUCCAAAAUUACUGCUGUUGCCCCGCCCCCGCAUUCUCCAAAACUUGACAAGAAACAUCACCACCAGACACAAUGGCCACCACGACCAAUACCUGGGUUGGCUCUGCCGGCGCCGGCGGCUUCGAUGUCCGCAGCGACACCAUGACCACCCCCACGCAGUCCAUGCUCAACGCCAUAACGACAUGCACGCUGCGCGACGACGUCUUCCGUGAGGACCGAACGACAAUGGACCUCGAGGAGCACAUUGCCAAGCUCUCUGGCAAAGAGGCCGCGCUCUUCGUGCUCUCCGGAACCAUGGGCAACCAAGUUUCGCUCCGGACCCUGCUCACGCAAGCUCCGCACAGCGUGAUAGCCGACUACCGCUCGCACAUUGUCAAGUACGAGGCCGGCGGCGUCUCCGCGCACACCGGAGCCACCGUCGUCGCCCUCGUCCCCGCCAACGGCACGCACUUGACCCUCGAAGACAUCCAAAAGAACGUCGAGCUGAGCAACGACGUGCACUACUGCCCCACGCGCGUCAUCAGCUUGGAAAACACACUCAACGGCAUGGUCAUGCCGCAGGACGAGGUCCGCCGCAUCGCCGCGUACGCCCGCGAGCACAAUAUCCUACUGCACUGCGACGGCGCGCGCAUGUGGGAAGCCGUGGCCGCCAAGGCCGGCACUCUGUCGGAGCUGUGCGCCGAGUUUGACACGGUCAGUCUGUGCUUCUCCAAGGGCCUUGGCGCGCCUAUCGGCAGCAUCAUUGUCAGCAGCAAGGCGAGGAUCGAGCACUGCCGCCACAUUCGCAAGAUGAUGGGCGGCGGCACUCGGCAGCCUGGUGCGUUGACGGCCGCUGCGCGCGUUGCUGUCGACGAGACGUUUGGGCUGACGGAGGAUGGGCAGUCUGGUCUGUUGCCUGGGACGCAUGCCAUGGCGAAGAAGGUGGAGGCGCUGUGGGUUGCGAGGGGCGGCACGAUGGUGCAUCCGGUGCAUACCAACAUGGCCUGGCUUGACAUUGAGGCGGCUGGUGUUGAGUCGGACAAGUUUAUUGCGCUGUGUGAGGAGCAGGGUAUUGCGGCGAGCGGUGGACGAAUUAUUACGCAUUAUCAGGUUACUGCGAAUGGGGAAGCUGUGCUGCACAAGUUGGAAAAGGUGUUUGAUGCGGUGCUUAAGAAGUAGAUGCAUAGGCAGGGCUAGCCAUACAUGUAAUCAAAGCGUGAUCAUAUAAUGUGUCCGUUUUUUCUUUUCUUAUAUAUUCAAUCUGAUUUGCUUUUUGCAUGGUGUCUAUAUAGAUUCAUAUACUACUCUAGAUUUACUGUCUAGAUCUAUCGUCUAGAUUUGACAUCUUCGUGCUACUGACAGUCUGGGAUGUUAUCAGUCCACAUCCGCAAUGCAUACCGAGUCUGGAACAGCAGCGGCUGCAAAGACGGCCCUUUUCCAC